AUAUGAUCGUGAGGGGUCCGCUGAAAGGAACACCAAAUAAUUUUCUGAAUGUUAAUGGCGGGAAAUAACUCAGUCAUUGUUGUGUAAAGCACGCCGUUCACUUAACGCAUUAGCGGGAUUUUACGGUGUCAGCUAGGCAUCUAGGGGCUAAAAAGCACUUUGAAAAUCCGGGUUUCGCCAUAGCUUUGUAAACAGCGAGGGAUGGCGUCGCAGUUUUCGUUUUCGGAGGAAGGUUUGACUGUCAAUAGCGGCCGGGAACACAUUUUCGCUGGUAACUGUUUGAAAAGGAAACUCGAAGCAAACGGUUGUAAUGGAUUUUCUUCAGUGGGAGACCAUGAGUCAGUUGAGCAGGAAUAUAAUCUCAACAGUGAGAAAAGACAGCGGUUUUCAGCCGACAGCAACGGCCAUACGGAGUGUCUCGCGAGCGUCAACAAUGACGAAAAUAGUAAUUGCCAGAGUUUUACUCACAAUAGGAACAUCAUGGGAAAUGAUUCUCUGCUUCAAAAUAACGUAGAGUGUGACGCAUCGAUCGGAUGGGAAGAAGUUAAAAUGGACUGUGUAAACGAAACAGUUGCUCAAAAUCGAUCUGCUUGCUGGGAAGAACAUGUCACUUCCGCCUGCCCGCCAAAUUUGAACAACAACGUUGCUGUUGGAGAUGUUUCCGUUGAAAUAAGUGGCCGAGAGAGUUCCCCAACGAAAGGAUCACCGGCAAGGGAAUUUCUACAGACACACAGGCCAGAGCACCUAAUGUAUUGCAUCCCAUCCUACUGUCACCCAGGGGGAUUAUGGGAUGUUAUGCUGGAGGUAUAUCACGGGCUGUAAAUCUAAAUAGAUUUCUACAGCCAUUUUGAUUGGAAAAUUGUAAGAUGAUACAUGGACGCAACAUAGAAGAGAAAAACAAAUCAUACAUUAAAAAUUUUAUAAACUUAAAGCUUUGCAUGUCAUAUACAUUUAAAUUACUAUUGUGGCAGGUACUAUGUCAUAUUAAAAGCUUAUGUGUUUUAACAGAAAAAUUACAUAAAUACUGAUUUUAUGAAAAAGUUAACUUUCCUUAAAGCUUUGGAUAUCAUAUACAUUUAAAUUACUACUGUGGCAGGCACUAUGUCGUAUUUAAAACUUUGGAGGUUAUUGUGCAAUGUGUUUUAACACAAAAAUUAUAUAAAUACUGAUUUUUUUUUAAAAAAGUGAAUGUUUCCAUUAUUUUAAAUACUUUUGAUAAUUGUUCUGUAAAACUUUUCACUCUAAGAAGUGGCAAAAAGAGAUCUUCUAGAAAAUCUGACAACAUUUUUAGCAGAAGUGUAAAGAGAUCAGAGAAGAAUAUCAAGGAAUGUCCAGGCUUGUGGCAUGGGAGGCAUCUGGAUUUGGUACACAGGCAUUCACAGAGGUAGUGCUCAAACAGCCUUGUCUUCCCAAGCUUGUCUGAAGUACUCUCAAAAUUUUGAAAUUCUUGGCAUACAGGCAUACACAGAGGUAGUGCUCAAACAGCCUUAUCUUCCCAAGGUGGUCUGGAGUUGUCUCAAAAUUUUGAAAUUCUUCAGUUACAGAGUGCAAUUUCCUGUAUUUUGGAGCAGAAACUAAUAUGAUUCAUUUCCACUAAAAUAUCAUUUCUGUAGAUAAUUGAUCAUGAUUUGACGCAUUAAUCAACAAACAAAUCAGUUUUCUAAUGCAAAUACAUAAUCUUUUACCUAUCCAGUCAAGUUCAAAUAUAUUUUAUGUUUGAGAAAACACCUGAGGAAGAUAAGGGAUUAUAACAUACAUUAGUGUAGCAAAGUUUUCUUCACAGCCAGUUAGUUUGUUUGGUGCCUGGCCCUGAGUGAAAUUCUUGAAUAUGAAUCAACACAUAAUCUUUGACUUAAUCCUUUAACUCCCAUAAGUGAUCAAGACAGAAUUUCUCCUUACAAUAUUGAUACAAUAUCAAGCAGACAAGUGAUGAGAAUGAUGAAAAAUAUCAAUCAGGAGAUCAGUAUGUGAUUCAAUACCAAAUUCUCUAGAAUUAGGAGGUGAGAUUUUGGGAGCAAAAGGGUUGAGACACUUCUCUGAGCUAAAAUUAUCUAAAAUGUGAGGUAGACAGUAUGGAGAAUAUGAGGUAUAUAUCUUGGCAGUGAAAGGGUAAAAAAGAACUAAUUGUUUUACUUAAAUGUCAAGUAUUACCCCACAAAAUUAGGGGUUUUUACUCAGUAACAGAAAAUGAAAACAAACCACUGCUAUGUAUCACAUUUGCUCAAAAUUUAUUAUAAGUGGCACAAAGACUGAGGCUCUGAACCAAAGCACAGAAUGAUGGAGUAUUUGUUCUUGAUUAUUCUAUGGUGCAGUUUAUGUUCUUGCCAUUUUGUAGUCACUUGGGCACUGACAUUGUACAUGUAUAUAGCUUAUGUUAGAAAACAUAGGUUCUCUUAUUUGUAAUGUGUUCAUUUGUUUAGAAACUGUAAGAAAGAAAACUGCAACAACAACUGUUCAAGGCCAUACUGUGCAAUUUCAGAAAAAAGGCUUUACUUGUAUUCAUUAUUCAUUUUAUUUUUUGUACCAGUACUCUUUUUUUCACAUGUUGCAAAACUUUUGCAUUUUACAGUUUUAUUCUGUAUUAGCUGUAAAAUAUCCCAAAAGUUUAAAAUGUACAGCUAAACAAUGUUACAGUAGCUAAAUGUAUCUUACAUACACACUGCAAAACUACAAACUCUGAAAUUUGCCUUAACCAGUUCUUUUGGUAUAUUUUUUUGGUGAAGUUUUGUUUUUCAUUCACAAAUUCUUAUUUUGUUACUGUUUUUAAAAAGUUUUGAAAUAUAUUUUGGAUCUAUUAAGUUAACAUGCAUUGUUUACCACUUCUCCCAUGGUGAAAGCUCUUUGGUGGUUGUAAUUUCUAUAUCAUUUUCUUUUCUUUUAAUUAUUUUUUUAUCAUACAGACAUUAUACAGUGUAAAAUAUUUGCCUUUGCUCAUUUUUUGACCCCUCUGUACAUUUCAAAAGUGUUGAUUAAGAUUCCCAAGCAAAUGUAUAGUGUAAAUUAAGAAUCAAUAUAUAUUAUGACUUGUAAUAUAUUACAGUCUGUGACAUCACAGAGUGAA